AUGACCAACAAGUUGAAGAAUAAAUCCAAAGGGCCUAAAAGCACAGAACGGUUGAACACCAGAGCGUCAGCGAGAACAGAGCCUCCGGCAAAGAGCAGGGAGCACGGUCCUACCGCGGAAGGAAGAGCUGAUGCGGAGAAAAUCCAAUCCGAUUCCAUAGACAUUGUAACACCGUCAGCUACAGUGUCUACGACCACAACGCGUUCUAGUUCAGUUGACCCUCCACAUCAAACCCCAGAAGGUUCAGCGAAGCAGAAAAGUCGCAAUUUCAAGAGCAAAAAGAAAGUUGGCACAACCUCCAAGAAAAUUGCCAAAGCAAAGCAGACCACAGCAAAAACCAUUGAGAUUGAUUACUUGAGUCACUCCUCAGACGACGCCGAUGGUUUGAAAGUCAAGCGGGAAUAUCGUCGAAAGAGAAACAGAGGAGAAGAUAAGGCAGGUUAUUUUAAAGAGCUUCGAGAACGUUUAUUAGCAUAUAAGAAGAAAGAGCUGGAAGAAGAGGAGGCAACCCUAAAGGCCGGGACGCACCCCAAGUAUGUAGAGGAAAUGAAGCGGGUAGACGAAGAAUAUCAAAAAACGCGAGAACUCCAACGACAAAAAAGGGAUCACGGGUUUGCGCAUGCAAACAAAGAAUAUGAUGCGGGCGUUUUGCAAAUUAAACAACAGUAUGUGAACGAAAGACGUGAAUUGAGGAAAGAAUUAUUAAACAAACUUGAAAUAUCAAAGUAUCAAACAAAACGGGAAUAUAACGAAUUAACGACGAGGUAUCAAUCCAAAUUCUUAGACCUUAUCGUUAAAGAAGGUUCCGUCCAGCCUGCUAUGAACGAUUUCGAGCGCGCCGAUGACGUAGAAAAUGACAUCAGAAUCAUCACGUUAGACACACAAACACCGAGUUUCUCAUCCAAAGUCAGCAAUGCACCUCAACCCAUAUCCAUGGAACAUGAAUUUCGCUCCCGCCUGUCUCUGAGCCUGCAACCUUCGCGAUCUAAUGAUUCCACGGGAAAUGGAUUUAAUAAUACCUCUUCAUCGAUAUUCCUGAGUCAUGGAGGGCCUCGUUCUCGUCACACACUGAAUAUACAAACUUCACAAUCUAAUAAUUUUGUUCCUCCACCCACGUAUAUCGACUAUGAACCUCGUUCACGACAAUCCCAAAAUAGAAACUCAUCAUCUAAUAUCAAUCGAAUUGGUGGUACAUCGAAUAUCGCUAAUUGGAACAGUCUGCAGGCAUCCUCAAUAGCGCAAGUUAAU